GGGCGGGCCCGGCGGCGGGGGAGGCUGUUUAAAGUGGCGCCCGCAGCGCGCGAAGGGAAUGGCGGAGCCGGCGGACUAUCCCCCCUUCCAGCUGGGGAAGCCCCGCUUCGAGCAGACUUCGUUUUACGGCAGAUUCAGGCACUUCUUGGACAUCAUCGAUCCGCGCACUCUCUUUGUUACUGAGAGUCGCCUGAAGGAAGCCGUGCAGCUGCUGGAGGAUUACAAGCAUGGGACUUUGCCCCCGGGAGUCACCAACAAAGAGCUGUGGGCCGCCCAAAAAAUAAAGCAGGCCAUCAUCCACCCCGACACAAACGAGACCAUCUUCAUGCCUUUCAGAAUGUCAGGUUACAUUCCCUUCGGAACGCCCAUUGUUGUUGGUCUUCUCUUGCCCAACCAGACGCUGGCAUCCACUGUUUUUUGGCAGUGGUUGAAUCAGAGCCACAAUGCAUGCGUCAACUAUGCAAACCGCAACGCGACAAAGCCUUCUCCGACGUCCAAGUUCAUCCAGGGCUACUUGGGAGCUGUCAUAAGUGCUGUCUCAAUAGCAGUGGGCCUUAAUGUUCUGGUUCAGAGAGCGAACAAGUUUACCCCCGCCACGCGUCUCUUGAUCCAGAGGUUUGUGCCAUUCCCUGCUGUCGCUAGUGCCAAUAUCUGCAAUGUUGUCCUGAUGAGGCACACGGAGCUGGAAGAAGGAAUUGAUGUCCUGGACAAUAACGGAAACAUCGUUGGGUCUUCCAGAAUCGCUGCAAAACACGCACUGCUAGAAACGGCCCUGACUAGAGUGGUCUUGCCGAUGCCUAUACUGGUUCUACCUCCAAUUAUUAUGUCCAUACUGGAAAAGACAUCCCUCCUGAGGUCCCGUCCCCGGAUGAUUCUCCCCGUGCAAAGCCUCGUGUGCCUCGCAGCCUUCGGCCUGGCCCUCCCCUUGGCCAUCAGCCUCUUCCCGCAGAUGUCCGAGAUCGAGACGGCCCGGCUGGAGCCGGAGAUCGCGAUGGCCACCGCCAGCAAGACUGUGGUCUACAACAAGGGGCUGUAAGUGGGAGCUGCGCACCUUCCCGGCCCAGGAGAGCUGGGGAGGGCCGGGGGAAGCUGGAGAUCGCGACUGGGAUAAAACACAGCAAGGAGACGAAACGAGCGUAGAGCUCAGCGGUAGUAACGUACUGCCCCUCCCGGAGAUCGGGGAGCGAACUAACACUUGGGGAGAACUGACACCUCACACCACUCAAAAAGAUUAACACUGAAAUCGUUUUAACGUAGCCACAGGAGCAACAGCGAGAAAUCGCAUUCAAACACUUUAGAGAAGUAGCUAAGGAAUAAUCUCUGAACUUUUAGCACUGCAUGGAGGGAAGUUUCCGGGACGUUUCCCUGGCUAUACCUAACUACACGAGAGUAGGCUUCACCGAGCAAAUCCUGUUCUCAACGCGAAUUAAACCCCGGCACUGACGCUGCACAGAAGUAAUUCCGCAGAGCCCAGCGGGUGCAU